CAUAAUACGGAAGUAAAACAGAAGUGGAUGCUCUUUGCCUUGUUGAGUAAUCUUUGUACGUGCAGUGUUAUCACGAGUCACAUGUAUUUAGCAGCCUUUGAUAAUAAGUAAAAGAAACACCCGAGAGAUUACUUCAUUCUUCCGUGUUUGCUGUACCUGGACAUCUGUCGGUGUUUAGAGGUUUGUGGAUAGUGAGCAGUGUGUCGAUGCGAUAGGAGGCCCAAUGUGCGCUGACGUCUCUCAUAAACACAUGCUGCUGUUGUGUUUAUCAGUCAUCGUGCACACGCACCACGUAACGUUAGUUCGACAGAAUUACCUACACGAUUAAAUACUAUCUUUAAUGUUUGCAGUUACAUUAUUCGGAAACAGACGCGUGAAUGCGCAUUUCAGACAGCUCUGAAUCAUCAUUGAUUUCAAAUGAGUGAAGCUCUGCACGUGCCAGUCGUGACAUUUAUCUUUUGAAAACGAGAAACAAGAACACACAGUCUACUGCUGAUCGCCUCGUGGACAGGCAGAAAUGAUAGAAACCCCCACAUGACACUUCAUGACAGCUUGUCUGGAUUUUCUGGGAAAACACUGCAAACAUGAGGAUUUUCAGGACGUUGAUGAGCACCGCCUUCAUCUCCAAGCAAAUCGAUUUUUACUCCAGAUUUUCACCUUCUCCUCUCUCUAUGAAACAGUUCAUAGAUUUUGGUUCAGAGAAUGCCUGUGAGAAAACAUCCUUCACGUUUCUGAGACAGGAGCUGCCCGUCCGGCUGGCAAAUAUCAUGAAGGAAAUCGAUUUAUUACCCGAUAACCUGCUGAGGACUCCAUCAGUGCGUCUGGUGCAGAGCUGGUACAUGCAAAGUUUCCAGGAUAUUCUUGAGUUCAAGGACAGGGAUAUUGAUGAUGAAAAGGUCACGAAUGACUUCACACAAGCUGUGAUUAAGAUCAGGAACCGACACAAUGACGUGGUGCCCACCAUGGCUCAAGGUGUGGUGGAGUUUAAAGAGACCUACGGUACCGACCCCAUCACCAGCCAGAACAUGCAGUAUUUUCUGGAUCGGUUCUAUAUGAGCAGGAUUUCCAUCCGAAUGCUCCUCAACCAGCACACUCUUCUGUUUGGAGGAAAUGUGCGUGUGAAUCCCGCUCAUCCCAAACAGAUCGGCGGCAUUGACCCCAGCUGUCACGUCACCGAUGUGUUGAAAGAUGCCUAUGAGAAUGCCCGAAACUUGUGUGACAGGUAUUAUAUGAACUCACCUGAGCUUGUACUGGAGGAAUUCAAUGUUAAAGGACCUGAGAAACCCACUACUGUGGUUUACGUGCCCUCUCAUUUGUAUCACAUGGUAUUUGAGCUCUUUAAGAAUGCCAUGCGCGCUACCAUGGAACUUCACGAAGAUGCCAUGCACUAUCCACCGGUACAUGUGAGGAUCGCUCUCGGAGACGAAGACCUGACCGUUAAGGUCAGUGAUCGCGGGGGAGGAGUUCCACUGAGGAAGAUUGACAGGUUGUUUACAUACACCUACUCUACGGCCCCUCGUCCUCAGAUGGACACGUCUCGAGCCACACCUCUGGCUGGUUUUGGUUACGGGCUGCCCAUCUCCAGACUCUACGCCAGGUAUUUCCAAGGAGAUCUAAAGCUCCACUCCAUGGAGGGAUACGGUACCGAUGCUGUCAUAUACAUCAGAGCUUUGUCCACAGAGUCCAUCGAAAGGCUUCCGGUGUACAAUAAAUCUGCAUGGAAACACUAUAAGAGCAUCCACGAGGCGGAUGACUGGUGUGUUCCCAGUAAAGAACCCAAGGACAUGACGACCUUUCGCAGCUUUUAGUCUCCCGUGCAGCUCAACGAUGCUCUGGGUUUGCACCCCCGAGUUUCCCGUACAGCUUCUCCAUCAAUGCAGAUCCAGAACUGACAGAAUGAACAGAUUUCACCACCCGCUCAUGAUAUAGAUCACCUACGGAAAUGAGUAACGAGAGUCCGGGCUCUGAACGAUGGAAUACGUCACGCGUGGACAUGCUACGUCUCAAGACGCGUGUUUGCAGGGAUGUAAACUGCACUGGGUGGCAGUAUUAUACAGUAAGUUAGCACAGGCGUUGCUAGUGCCAUGCUCAGUUAUUUGGAUGAGUUUUACUUUAAGAGUGUGCCAGUAUAAGCUUUCUUGAUGUAAGAUUCUUAUAUUUAGAUAGAAAAGAAGUGAGUGUAAUUUACUUGUCUGGCAUCAUAAGAGACGUGUUCGUUUUGGAGUGUUUCACAUUGUUGACAGUGAUCAUUCCACAUGCCGUCCCACGUAUAACCAAUUCUGUUUCUUGUAUAAAAUAAGAGUUUAAAGAAUUGUUCUUCACAAAUCAUUCUAUGCUACUGAAAUGUUAUCUUGUUAACCAGUGUUUCGGGCCAUUAACUGACAAAAAACAGAACAAAUGCAUGUAAACAGAAAUUGUGUGCUGCUUUUGUGUGACCAUUGUGAAACUCAUCCUGAAUGUGUUAAUAAAGGAUUUAGAGUGCAGUGUC